AAGUGGCUACUUUGGUGGCGCCAGCGGCUACGGGCGCGCGCCCAGGUGGGGCGGCAUAGGAGUUUACGCAAGGAAACUGAGGCAGAGGUCGAACCCCAAAUCCCCGCGUCCCUGGUGGUCGGACGGAGGGGGGGCUGGGCGUGCCCGUCAGUGACCGCGUCCCCCGUCCCCAGGGAUGGGCUCCAAGGCCAAGAAGCGCGUGGUGCUGCCCACCCGCCCGGCGCCCCCCACGGUGGAGCAGAUCCUGCAGGACGUGCGGGGCGCGCCGCCCGAGGACCCCGUCUUCAGCGCUCUGGCUGCGGAAGAGCCCGCAGACCCCCCCAGGAGGGCUGAGGACGCCGAUGCCCAGCGAGAGCAGCUCUACCAGCAGAGCCAGUCCUACGUGGACACCAAUGAACGGCUGCGGCAGGCAGGGGACAGGCUGAGACAGAAGUGUGCAGAACUGCAGCGAGCUGGCGAGGAGCUGUGGCGGGACAUGGGCCAGGUGAAGCAGGCGGCAAUGCCAGGAGCCUCGUCCACCUCCUCAGGCUGACCUCGCCUGUGGGUCUGAGGCCGAGCCCAGUGCUUCUCACCUGGGGACCAAAUCACACGCUGGCCCAGUUCACCCGUCCUCCCGUUACACUGAGCAGGUGGGACUCACUCAGCCGGCUGUGUCCAUCUCUGUGGGAACCUCAGGGCCUUCCCAAGGUUCUGGAAGAGGAUGGGGAGGAUGGCCAUUCUGCAGUGAUUGUGUCUCCUUCUUGCCCACGGUGGCUAUGGCUGUGAUCUGGGAAGGGGCCUCUGGGAGCAGGUAUCUUCUCCUUCCUCAGACUGAGCACCUCAUGAGUCUCUGGUCCCAUGUCCUACCCAUUUCAGAGCUCCUCCCACAUGCCAUGUCAACCUUCACAACAACCCUGGGUGGCUGGGGUCACCAUCCCCACUUGUAGAUGAGAUGGGCUCAAACCAAGCUGACCCGCUACCCAGAGAAGCAGCAGCCCCUGAGACCCCAGAGGCCUCAGCCUGGACUCCUGCAGGGCUCAGCGUCUCCCUGGUUGAGAGGACGGUCAGUCACUCACCCACCCAGAGCCCUGGCUGGGGUUUUCCACCUGGGGG